AUGAGCUGUUUCAUGAGAGCUUGCUUCUAUCAAUUCUUGUUUUACCGGCAUGCUGGUGCAGAGUUUCAUCGGCUUGCCGGUGCGAAGGGCUAUUUUCACUUGCAGAUAAGCGUGGAUGCGGGGAUCAUUGUGAUUGAGCAGUUACAAGGUGCAUCUGCGAGCCAGGGAUGCAAACUACUUACCCUUUCAAGUUGCUGGCAGCAAUUUAUCCCUCAAGCCUUCAAGCCUCUCAUGGCAUGGCGCAGCGGCCAGUCUGUGCCACUGAUUUCAGAUCUCCCUGACUUUGCGAUCGGCCUCGCCCACAGUCAAGUUCACAACGAAGAACUGGAUUCUGUGGAAAGGGAAAAGUUUGCAGUGUUGAAAAAGAACAUUGCUUCGCAUCAGUGUCUGCUCAAAGAUGACAUGGUUCCAGAUGGAGAUUGCGGCCUCCGUGCUAUUGUAGAAAAUGCGCCAAGGCUUAACUUGUCAGACCCGUUCGCACUCAAGGUCCUGGCGCAGUUGAAACAAAAUGGAAUUGGUGAUGCCUGCAAAUUGCUCCGUUUGAAGCUGUGCCCGCGGCUAAAGCAAAAUGCUGCUCGGGAAAUUGUGCCGGAUGUGACUAUUCUGGAUUGGGUUCAACUCCCCAUCGACGAGUACAUCUUACUUAUGCAAAAGGACAAGCAGUGGCUGGACACGCCCAUGCUUUCUGCUGCUAGCGCUGUCUUGGGCAUCCAAAUCAUGUUUUUUUUGCAGCCUGAAGGCGUGCAGCUUUUGGCUGCUAGCGGGGUGCAAGAACAGGGCAAGGCGCCAGUGGCAAUUCUGGCCAGGGCUGGUAAGUUCCUGUACUCUGUUCACCCAGCCCCCGAUGAGCUUGAAAGCAGGGUGGCAUCUCGUGACGCUCUCCACGAUGCAUGUCAGGCAGUUGCUUCUUCUCAGUCGGUUCAUGAUGAUGCUGAGCCUGAAGCCUUGUCUGAAUCUAAUGGAGAGGAUGAAGAGGUUCUUCUCCAGAACUCACGCCCAAAGCUCUUCGAGAUGUGUGCUGCGUAUUUCAAAGCACUUGCCUCCCCAUGCCACAAGCAUGGCAAAGAGCACACUUGUUUGAAUGCAUUUCGCUCUCAACCUGGGCUGGUGCUGCGAUGGAGAAAGAUGUGGUUUGCCUUGCCAAAAGAAGAUAGAGAUGAACGCAUGCGACGGAUGUGUGCAGAAGCCCGGCAGAAGCAUCAAGAUGGAGGAGAUGAUGAUGACACCUUUAAAAUGCAAUUUCAAGUUUUUGGCGUCAAGCUUUGCCGUGAUGCUUUCAUUAGAAUUAUUGGGAUGCAUGCUGACACAUUGCAGCGUGCCCGGAAGGCAGCCAUGGGAGGGCUUGCGCUUGCUUCUUCGGCAGGAGUCUGGCGUGAGCGCCGUGCUGUCUCCUACCUUGCUUGCCGGGCUUGGCUGCUGAACUAUGCCCAGGAGCAUGCUGACUCCAGUAAGGAUCCUUCACAGAUUGCCCAGCUGUCUCAUUUCUUGAAGAUGUGGAGGACGGAGCUGCCGUGGAUUAAGAUUCGGCCCACCUCAGGUCCUUUCACCCACUGUGGCUUGUGUGACUUUCUGAAGAUACUGAUCACCUCUGCCACUGACAAAGCCUUGAAGAAUGAACUCAACCUGCGGCUUGGCGAGCAUUUUCAAUUCCAGGGAGCACAGAGGGUAGCAAUGAGCAACAUCUUCAGGGAAAGUGAAGAUGACCCAGAUGACCUUCUUGCAGUGUCUUGGGACAAAAUGGACCAAGCCAAGACGAUUGUGCCUCGCAUUGCCCCGCUGUCUAGCACACAGUUUGUCAAAGGUGGAAGCCGCCUAGUCGUGUCUCUGAUUGUUGUGCUGGCGCCUUGUCUGUGCAGAUCGCCUUUGAUCUACACAAUACUUGAAGAUCAAGUUCACGGCUCCGACAUGAUUGCCAGUCUCAUGGUAGAUGUUGUGCAGGAAGCAGUGAAAACCAGAGGAGUGAUCCCGAGAAGAUUAUUUUUUCAAGCUGAUAACACAAGGGAAGAGACGAAGAAUACGAUUUGCCUGUUUGCCGCUUGCUGGCUGAUGAUUCAUUUGCGUGGCACGCGCCUCCAAAGAAUUGAAUUUGGAUACCUGGUUGUUGGUCAUACGCAUGACCUAGUGGAUGCGACGUUUGCAUACAUCAGUAAAGCCCUGGUUGCGAAGAGCUUUCUCAGCCUACCACACAUCUGGAAGCACCUUCGGGACAUCUACAAGGAGUGCCAGCCGCCUGAACUGUCCAGCCAGCGUGUGAAGGGGAUUUCUCAGCCCAAUCACGUGCGUUUGUUUUGGUCCCAGGACGGGAGCAAGAUCAUUGCGCAAAGCCGGCAUUGGCUUACUUCAAGUGACUGGAGUGAGCCGCUGGUUUUGCUUGACCAGAGCCAAGUGAUGAAGGUCUCCUACCUGUGGCCUGGCAUCAUGCAGCCACAUUGUGAUGAAUCUUUCCAAUCGUCUUCCUUGGCCUGGUUUGAGAAGCUUCGAGGGUUGCUUCAUGAAUCCGGACACAACAUAGAUGGCAUUGAUCAUUGCAUCCGGCUUCUCAAACACGAAGACGUGUCUUUCUUGCCUUCUGGCCUCUCCUUGUCUGACAGAAUUGCUCAAAUUCUUCAAAGUAGCGCGUCUGGGAAAAAGGUUUUUCCGAAAUUUGGAGACAUGGGUUUGUCAGACGGUCUCCGCGCGGCAAUGAGUGCUGCUUUCCCUGGUUCGUCAGGCCACUGCCGCUCUGGCACAACAGGGUUACUACAGAUAGGCGGCGCCAGGUCUGCUGGUGAUAGCGGAUUUUGCCAAGAUGAGCUGGAAACGGAUAUGCUACUCCUUUUUCGAAAUCAUGUGAAGCAGGGACCUUUUCGCUCAGACAUCCUUCCUUUUGGGCUUGGCAAAGUCUUCCGUAUCUCCAGCCAGGGAAAACCCUAG